CAGAUCCAUUUGUUCCGCAUUGUACAACAUGUUUGUCCAAUUGGGAGGAAUCAUUGCUAACAAUAUUUACCGUGAGGAUGAUAGACCACAAUACAAGAGGGGUAACUUACAGAUUUUUGUCAUUAGUUUGAUCUUGAUACCAGUGUUGUUGUUGGUUAAAGCGUACUACGUUUGGAGAAACAAGAGCAAAGAUAAGAUAUGGAAUGCAAUGAGUGAGGAGGAGCAGCAAACUUAUAGAGAUACAACUACUGACGAAGCAAACAAGAGGUUAGACUUUAGAUUUGAACAUUGA